CCAAAAUCUAUUCCUCUCCAAAAUGAGGUUCAAGACUUCUGUUCGAAAUAUUCAGACGUUUUCGAAGCUUACGGCUUCGCUGUCGUCGCUGGGGAAGGUAGCAUGGGUUCGCCUUGACGAUGACAAUGUGCGCUUCACGAUCAUCCCAGAAACAGGCACGCAAGUAUGGGCUGUACUCUCAAUAGACUCCAUCUUCGAAGACUACACUAUCCAAUCUGCCGCCCAGAAUAACACCAUCAACCUCGAACUACCCCUCCCACCCCUCCAUCGCGCUCUAAAAUCCGCGAUAAACGCGACAUCUGCCUCUAUCCGCCUCACGAAGAAAGAUGGCGUACCAGUCCUCUCCCUCACGAUCAUUACGAACACGAUUAGCAGCGGCAACAGCGCGAAUGGGUUCCUGAAUGGCGCGAAUCCAGAUCCGUUUGGAGACAAUGCGUUUCGGGAGGAGAAUCUAGAUGCCAACAUGGCAGGAGAUAGAGAGACGAUUGUUACUCAGAAUAUACCAAUCCGAGUCUUGACCGCAGACAGCGUUGAGGGUAUUCACGAGCCAAGAGUCAGAGAGCCGGACGCGCAUAUCAUUCUACCAUCUCUGAUCCAACUGAAAGCUAUUUCGGACCGAUUCACCAAGCUUGCUAUGGCUACGACGACUGGAGGAACCAAAAGUGGCUCUGCAGCUUCGGUGCCAAAAUUGGAGUUAGCAGCGAAUAUGCAUGGAAGCUUGAAGCUUAGUAUCUCGACGGAUGCCUUGAAUAUCUCGAGUGUUUGGACGGGGCUGAGCAAUCCGGAACUUGAUCCUAGGCAGGUUGAGGAUGGCGAGGAUGGGAUUGGAGAUCAUCCAAGUACAAAGUUGAAGGCGGCUGGUCCUGAUGCUUGGUCUACUGUGAGGAUUGAUGGCAGAGAUUGGGGAAAGGUGCUCAGCGUUGGUAGGUUGGGCGGGAGGGUCAUAGCGUGUUUUGCUGAUGACCAUGCGUUGAUUCUCUAUGUCUACCUGUCGAAUUAUGAUGAUGGUUCUGACGACUCUGUCUUGACUUACUACAUCUCUUCAUUCAGCUCAUAAGAGAGUUUGGUAAAUAUAGCAUUAGCGAUGGCGUUAAGGCAGAUACCACUUGGAAGAUAUACCACGAAGUUAUAUUGCAACAAUGGCUGUUGAAUAUGUGGUAUUCAAGCUAUCUUGAUUAGAUAGCUACACGAACAUGAAACAGCCUUCACAAAUACAAG